AUGGCCGUCGACGACGUGCCCUCCGUUGCCGUGCCAGGCACUGUCCUCGGACCCAUCACGAAAUACGCCGCUGGCCUCGGCACCCACGUGCACGACGGCCACGUCGUCUCCUCCCUCCUCGGCCGAGUCGCCGUCACCCCCUCCGCGAGGCCACCGGGACCGGCCAAGCGACUGAACAAGAUCACGGGCGUCGCGGCGGAAGGGUCGACGACGCUGUCCGUGACGAGGCACGGCAAGAGGCGCGAGAUCCUCCCCGACGUGGGCAACGUCGUGCUGGCGCGCGUCGUCCGUUUGAUGCCCAAGCAGGCCAUCGUCGUCAUCCAGCAGGUCGGCGACACCGUGCUGCAGACGGAGUGGCAGGGCGUCAUCCGUCUCCAAGACGUGCGCGCCACCGAAAAGGACAAGGUCAAGAUGUACGAGUCGUUCAAGCCGGGCGACAUUGUUCGUGCCCAGGUGAUUUCGCUGGGAGACCAAGCCAACUACUACCUUUCGACGGCGGCCAACGAGCAAGGCGUCAUCAUGGCGACGAGCGAGGCCGGCAACGACAUGGUGCCCGUCAACUGGAAGGAGUACAAGGACCCCGAGACGGGAUUGACGGAGCUCAGGAAGGUGGCCAAGCCGAGCUGA